CUCCAUCGCACAGUGGGUUCUCAUCUGUCUUCGAGGGACCACAAAUGAGCCCCGAUGUCUCUACGAAGGAGUCUGCUGUUCUAUAAGAGCUUUACGCUGAAGGACGUGAGACAAGGACUCUAGAAAACAUAUAAUAAUAAUAUGACAGAAGAUGGGGGAUUGGAACUUAUUAGGGAGCAUUUUAGAAGAAGUCCACAUUCAUUCCACCAUUGUGGGGAAGAUCUGGCUCACCAUCCUCUUCAUUUUCCGCAUGCUUGUGCUUGGCGUUGCGGCUGAGGAUGUGUGGGACGACGAAAACAGCGAGUUUGUCUGCAACACGGAGCAACCCGGCUGCAAGAACGUCUGCUACGACCAGGCCUUCCCCAUCUCCCUCAUCCGCUACUGGGUGCUGCAGAUCAUCUUUGUGUCCUCGCCCUCUCUGGUCUACAUGGGGCAUGCAUUGUACCGUCUGAGGACCCUGGAAAAGGAGAGGCACAGGAAGAAAGCAUGUCUGAAGGCUGAGCUGGAGGGCACGGACCCCUUCCAGCAGGAGGACCAUAAGAGGAUCGAGCGAGAGCUCAGGAAACUGGAUGAACAGAAGAAAGUGAGGAAGGCUCCACUCAGAGGCUCGCUGCUGCGCACAUAUGUUUUCCAUAUCUUAACCAGAUCUGCGGUGGAGGUGGGUUUCAUCAUCGGUCAAUGUGCUCUGUAUGGCAUUGGACUGUCCCCUUUGUACAAAUGUGAGAGGCUGCCCUGCCCCAACAGCGUGGAUUGUUUUGUGUCCCGGCCAACAGAGAAGAACAUUUUCAUGGUCUUCAUGCUGGUUAUUGCUGGAGUGUCUUUGUUCCUCAACCUCCUCGAGAUUUUCCACCUGGGGGUGAAGAAGAUCAAACAGAGCCUGUAUGGAUACAAAUACGGAGACGAUGAGAGCGUGUGCCGGUCAAAGAAAAACUCCAUGGUGCAGCAGGUGUGUGUGCUCUCUAACUCCUCACCGCAGAAGUUGAUGCAGCUCACUCACAUGACCUGUUCUGCUGGCUCUGAUGCUCAAAGGGGGAGUGUGGCCCUUGCGACCACUCGCAAUCGGGAGGGCUCCAACAGCCAGCAGCCUGCACACACAAACCUGCUGGGUCAACCUGACCUCCAGGGUCUGCAGCAGACGAGGGGCCACUCUGCGGACAACAGAAAGCCGUCCUGCAGCAGUGACGAGUCCAAUGAAGCUCACGGCUCAGGCCGGCCCCAGUACGAGGGCCCCCGACCCACACUGAUGGCGGGACACAUGGAGAUCCCCGCCGCCCUGAGGAACGCUCCGAGGAAGCAGAGCAGAGUGAGUACCUGUAAGGAGUACAGCGACAUGAGUGAUUCUCCAGAGAGCGACCACUACCCCACGGCCAGGAAGUGCAGCUUCAUGUCCCGGGGCCUGUCGGAGGAAUUGCUGGCCUCCACAUCGGACAGCACCGGCUCCCAGAGCGGAGCAGACGUGGAGGCCCAGCACCUGAACCAGGGAGAGAGUCCAGCAGUGACCCCCCCGCCCCCAGCCAGCGGGAGGAGGAUGUCUAUGAGCAUGAUUCUGGAGCUGUCUUCAAUCAUGAAAAAGUAAAUUGAGAAUCACCGUUUUUGUGACCCAGCUGGAGGCAUAAAGAAGUUCAAAAGCAACGAGGGAUCCUGACUCCAAAGGAACUUAAUCCUCUCUCCACUUCAUGUUUUCACCGUUAGCAUUUAAUGUGCAUGGACAACAGCUUCAGUCUCAUCUGUUACUAUGACAUUCCAUUGACAAAACAUUCAACACUUUCUUAAUCUACAAUACUAAUGAUAUCUUCAGCACCUGAUUUAUAUUGAUCAUUUGCAAGCCACUUGCUAAAUCAAAUAUGAAUCUAAAUUAAAUUUGGCUUAAAGCACAGUAUCUCAUAUAAUGAAACCAGAUUGGCUCUGUGACUGAAGAUUGUAAUUUAAGAUUGUGGCAUUGGCAACCACAAAUGAAGAAGAGGGAACUCUCUUAUGGAUUGUUUAUCAAAUCAAUGACCCACAGGAAGAAGGCCUCUUCAGAUUCAAGAUUUUGUUUUGGCUGAGCGUUUCCUAAAUUGUGUAUGAGACAAUGUUUCUGAUGAUCUUCUAUUGUUUUUCUUCUAUUAAAUUAAAUAGUUUAAUCUCGGUGAUAGUAUUUUGAUAUGCUAAGUAAUUUCCUUUGAGAUUACGAGAUUAUAAUGACAAUUACGAUCCCAGGACUACAUUUUCAUCAUGUUUUUUUCUUUUACGGGCAGAAAUGUAUGGUGGCCAACUGGUGCAAACUCGCUACAACAGCCAAAAACACUUCCAUGAGGAGAAAUGCACUGCAAUUUCAAAAUGAUGUAAACAUUUUGUAUAACUGCAUGUGCCAAAACAAUGAAAUUGAAGAAACAUCUUCACCAACCUAGACUUUUUAAAUAUACUGACAAAACACUUACAGUUAUGUAACAGACUAGCUCUGCCAACAGAGACAGUAGGUCAACUUUAUAAUCCUGAACGUCACCAAGCGUUCCAAUCCCAGCUGUGUACGUCACUUUUUAGUGUCCCCUGGUUUCUGUUCUGUUUUGAGCUCCUUGAAGCGUUUUGUUUGUGCAGCGCUUUAAGUAAACAAUGUGCAUGUUUCGUCAGGUUGGUUAAUGUUUUUUAAAUGCUGCAUGUGUUGUCAACUUGGAAAAGAUGUUUAUUCAUUUGCAAGCACAUUUUAGUUUUUGUAUCCACAGUGUUUUUGGAACAGCAGCUUGUUUCUUCUAAUGUAAUUGUUUUGGGGCAUUAUAGCACCUGUCAGCCACUGAAGAAAUGGGCUUUCAUAGGAAGAAGAGCAUGUAUUAAAAUGACAUUCAUCAAGUGUACAGAAACACAACUCCAGAUGACUGCUAAUGUAGCACCCUGUGUCAGAUCUAUUAUUCAUUCAUCUUUUUUACUGAGCGACAUUUGAUCUCAUUUUUCCAAAAACACCCACAAAACACA